GCAGCAAAACCCAACCACAGCUUGUACAGAUUGAGCAGGUCAGAACCAGAUCGCAGGGCAAGUGAAGUAAACGUUUAAAUUACAAGAAAUAUGCAAGGAUUCCAAGUGCUUUGCCUGCUUUUGGCUUCUAUGAGUCUGGCCAGCUGUCGUUCGGUGGUGCGUCGUGAUGUGAGCCACCUUCCGCUGGAAUACCUGCCUCCAGUGGUGCUGCCACCUGUGCCCAGUCGCGAUUAUCUGCCGCCAGUGGAGCAGCAUGCGGCCACCUUGAACCACGUGCUCCAGCCGCCCCGUGAUUACCUACCCCCCCUGCCGCUUAACAACGAGUAUUUGCCACCUGUGGUUGAGGAGGAGGAGCAGGAGGCGCCCACCACCACCGAGGUAAUAAUUCCAGAAGAAACCACCACAGUGGAGGCCACCACCGAGGCAGUUAUCGUCACCACCGAACCGCAGCAGGAAGUAGAGAUAAUCACAGAACCGCAGGAGGAGGUGGAAGUUAAGAACCUGGAGCAGGUGGAGGAGGCUCCCAAGGAGGAGGAGCCGGAGGUUGAGUCCGCAGUGCUCCUGGACGACGGAUACCACUAUCGCACUCCCUCUGUGGUUCCCGAUUUGCUGCCCGUAAAGGAGUACCUGCCUCCUUUGGACGACAAUGCCGUCGUGGAGGAGCUGCCCAACGGCGAGGAGGACUCCUCCGCCCUGCUGGAUGAUGGCUAUCACUAUCGCUCAGUGAAGCGACUCCGCUUCUAGUCCCCAAAAGCCAGUCGAUUUAUUUUAUUCUACUUCGAAUUUCUGUUUCUGUUCUGUGCGACAAUUGUUGUUUAAUUUUACAAAAUACAUAGACAAA